AAGCAGAACGGGUGAUAGGAUUUGCAUCAGUGGACCUUUCUCCUCUUCUUUCUGGCUUCCAGCUGGUGUGUGGCUGGUACAACAUCACCGACUUCAGUGGGCAGUGCCGAGGACAGAUCAAAGUAGCAGUCUCUCCCCUUCAAAAUAUAAAUAAUCUCAGAGAAGAAAGGCAGGCGAGGAUCCGCAGCCAGACUCCAAGCUCUGCAAUGAAGGCCAUCUUUCCAGCACUUCCCAGUAACGUUCCAAGCUUUUCCAAGCCCGUGUUGCCAAAGGAAGUUGGUGUUCCUUCUCGAGAACAGCCUGUUCCUAGCAGAAGUAGUCCCCCUAGGGCACACACACCUCGACACGAGGAGCACAUGCAGAACGUGCGCAGGUUCCACGAAUCCUUGCAGCAAGCAGAAGGAAAUGCACAGCGAGCAGCCAGGAUGGAUUCACUGUCAUUGUCGUCGCGUGCUUCUCUUCUGACUGCUCUCAGAAAGAACUUGAGCGAGCUGGAUGAAGUUCAGAGAUACUUCAGCCAGAAGCUGACCAGGUCUCUUCCUGACUUCAGUGAUGGUAACAGAUCCCAACCAAGUCACAGAGAGCAGGAGAGUGAUCAUCAAGGCUUGAGGAGCAGAGAAAUGGAUUCCAACCAAUGCCAUCUUUUAAGAAAAUCGAGUCAGCUGGUGUCCCAGGUCAGCAGCCUCAUCAGUGGUAAGUUGUUACUUGGUCUGGGGUUUUUGGCAAAGCAUUUUUAAAGUCCUCAUGUAAUAGAAAGCAGUGCCUGGUGUUGGUGGUCAGCAUGUGUUGAUCCACUGGGAGAAUGCUUCAGAGAGAUUUUCAAACUUCUGCCAAUAAGGAUAGCAUUGAGUUGCAGUAUUCAGAAGGCAAAUGAGAUGGGAGUUAAGGCCUAAAUUCCACUUAAAUUUCAAUGUCCAAUAGAAAAAAGAGUGGUCUUGUGCAAAACCAGCCUGCAGAGCAGCACUGAGCUGAGUCUGCGACCCUUUGCUAAGAGGAAUUGGCACUUCAUUUUGUUUUAGCUUAACCAUUCAAACCACUGUGAUUUUCUAACAGAGAGGCACUUGGAAUAGCAAAAUGACUUGGAAUUGAAAUGCUGUGCAGAGAACAAACUGCGGCCAGGAGUAUUGCCAGCUGGGCAGUUUAUUCUGGGCUUCUCCUGCCUCUUACUGCCUGCAGGGAAACUGCACUUCCAAGAGAUGGAGCUGGAGUGGUGAG